GCCUCCUGCCUCCAUGGCUGCUUCCUCCCUGCCUGCUGCCUCCCUGGCUACUAACAUCCUGCCUGCUCCCUCCCUGCCUGCUACCCCCCUGGCUGCUCCCUCCCUGGUAUCUUAAGAAAAUCAAUGUAUCUGCGUUUUGUCCCACUUCACUGACCAUCCAUUGUGAUGCUCAUUUUUGUUUAUUUAUUUUUAGGCUGUGGAUGACUCUGGCAUGCCGGGCUUAGACAGAGUAGACAGCUUGGCUGAGUGUUUGGUGGAGCUGAGGAACCAGUCCUCUCUGGCCCUCACCAACCAGCAGGUAAGCAACAUUGUUGCUCUGUGGCAGAACCUGCUGGACUACGACCAGCAGAGGGUUUCCUUUGCUGCCAGACACCAGAGCAGGCUGGACACAGGGAGGUUCAGGUCUCCAAAGAAGAGGCAGGAGUUCACUCCAGGGGUGGAGAGCAUGAAGAGGCACGCACUCACCACCACUGCCCCGCUUGCCCAAUGGCCUGAUUGCUGCCGCCUGAUUGAACUGAUCUUUGUCAGGCUCUGUGCCAUCCAUCGCUCUCCCAAGAAGAAGGGGACUGGUGCAGUGUCCAGAUGGAGUUUAAUCCUGGAUGACUACAGGAAAAUCAGGCAGCGCAUUUUGGCAAAUGGGACGGUCAUGCAGCAGACCACACUGCAGCUGGUGGAUGUAAGCCACACCACCCUUGUGCAGUGGCACAACAAGAGGGUGAAGAAGCAGGACAACGCUGUGGUUAUGCAGGGGCUGAACUUGCCCAGUCGCUUGUCUGCGGCAGCCAACCCACUCCCUCCUGCUAAUGUGCGCCUUCCAUCUGCGCUCCCCCACCCAGGCCCGGCUCUCCAGUACCAACUGCCCUGCAGCACCGUGGGCCAGGCGCGGUUGAAAAGAAAGGUCCCGCCCACAGAUGUAACACCGGUUGCUAUAAAGAUGCAUGCCCAGCGUCAGCUCUUCCCUGCUCCACCCUCGGCCCCUCGUCUGUUGGUGCUGGCUCCGGUGACCUCACAGGUGCCUGUCCUCGUCGCUGCUCCACAGGCCCUGGGAGGUAUCUUCCCUGCACCCCCUGCUCCGGUCCGAAAACUAACCCGCCAUGUACUCCACAACACAUGCAAGAAAUGCGGGCAGUUCAGGACAGCCCAGACUGGACACAGUCAGUACAAAGGAACUGUGUACUGCCCCUCUGUAGAGGCUGUUCCCAAGGAGCAGUGGUUGGAGGACAUGAAACAAGUAGAUGCCCCUCUACUCCCCUCCCAGAGGCAUGGACACUGGGCUACUGCCCCUCUACCCCCCUCCCAGAGGCAUGGACGCUGGGCUAGUGCCCCUCUACCCCCCUCCCAGAGGCAUGGACGCUGGGCUAGUGCCCCUCUACCCCCCUCCCAGAGGCAUGGACACUGGGCUAGUGCCCCUCUACCCCUCCCCCUCCCAGAGGCAUGGACACUGGGCUAGUGCCCCUCUACCCCCCUCCCAGAGGCAUGGACACUGGGCUAGUGCCCCUCUACCCCCCUCCCAGAGGCAUGGACACUGGGCUAGUGCCCCUCUACUCCCCCUCCCAGAGGCAUGGACGCUGGGCUAGUGCCCCUCUACCCCCCUCCCAGAGGCAUGGACACUGAACACUUUAAUGUUGUUAAUAGUUCUGUUAAUGUUUUCUGUUAUUGUCUAUAGUUACUGUUGAAUAAGUGAAUGGAGGGAUUCACUACUGUUCUGUAUAUAUUUAAGUUAUUGUCUAUAGUUACUGUUGAAUAAGUGAAUGGAGGGAUUCACUACUGUUCUGUAUAUAUUUAAGUUAUUGUCUAUAGUUACUGUUGAAUAAGUGAAUGGAGGGAUUCACUACUCUUCUGUAUAUAUUUAAGUUAUUGUCUAUUGUUACUGUUGAAUAAGUGAAUGGAGGGAUUCACUACUGUUCUGUAUAUAUUUAAGUUAACAGUUAUUAGUAUCAUCAUUGUUUUGUUAUUAACCAAACAGUGAUUAGGUGAUUUCCACAAAAAAAUAUAACCACUUGAAUUUCUGGCAACAAUUUAGUCAAACCAGAACCUUGGGAUUAACUUUUAUCCCAUAUAUAUGUCUAUAGAAAUAGAAAUAUAAGGUUUUAAUUGUGAUUCCUGAUAUACCUCAACAUUUAAAAAACAUUGGUGAUGUAGGUCUGGGCCAUAAAAAUUCCUUCCUUCUCUUUUUCUCUCCUUUUUUCCCUCUUUUUUCCUCAUUUUUCUUCUU